CACGGCUGAGCGAGAAAUCGUGCGCGAUAUCAAGGAGAAACUUUGCUAUGUCGCCCUGGACUUCGAACAGGAAAUGGCCACCGCUGCUGCCAGCACCUCCCUCGAGAAGAGCUACGAGUUGCCCGAUGGACAGGUGAUCACCAUCGGUAACGAGAGGUUCCGUUGCCCAGAAGCCCUGUUCCAACCUUCCUUCUUGGGUAUGGAAUCCUGCGGUAUCCAUGAAACCGUCUACAACUCCAUCAUGAAGUGCGACGUCGACAUCCGUAAGGAUCUGUACGCCAACAACGUACUCUCUGGCGGUACCACCAUGUACCCCGGUAUUGCCGACCGUAUGCAGAAGGAAAUCACUGCCCUGGCUCCAUCGACCAUCAAGAUCAAGAUCAUUGCUCCCCCCGAGAGGAAAUACUCCGUAUGGAUCGGUGGAUCCAUCUUGGCCUCCCUGUCCACCUUCCAACAGAUGUGGAUCUCCAAACAGGAGUACGACGAGUCCGGCCCUGGCAUCGUUCACCGCAAGUGCUUCUAAGCAGUUAUGCUCGAUUCAAAUUAUUAUUACUAUCGAUAUUGUUAUUGCUACACCUUUUCCCCAAACACACCGUUCACUGCCGUACCGCUUCGUCUAGCUGCGACUCCGUUAGUUCAAUUCUAUCGGCACUGUUUCUACGUGGCGGUGAGAUUUUUUCCGACGAACAUGGUCUGAACAUACACGUCAUCUUUUGUAUAUAAGUUUACAUCUACGGAAUAAAUCAGUCUUAUAUUCUUACAACUAA